AGAUAUGAAACCAGGACGACACAUUUUACUUUAAUUUGCUUUGUGCUGAAGUAUAUAGAGUUAGAUAGAAGGAAAGUCAGUCUUGUUUUAGAAGAAAACUGCUUAGAAUAUUUAUCUUUGUUUUUUUAUUUUUACUCCAAUUUUUAAAAGCAUAAAAAUUUACUCCGAAAUUGACUUUGCCCCCCCCCUGCCUCCGAGGUAUCGGGGUGCUCCUGAGAUUAAUGAAGCAUUAACAAGUGCAGAUCCACUAAAACAAAUUGGUGCUUAUAAAGUCAAUCAACCAAUUGCAAACUUUGUUCUAAAUCAAAAAGCUGAUCCAAAUUUAAAAAAUCGUAGUGCUUUGGAACACCAAUGGAGAACAUCGAAUACAUCUAUUACAUAG